AUGGCUCAUAAAAGAGCAUACUAUUGCUGCCUUCUCAUGCUGUUUAUGUUGGCCAUUUGUUUUGUGCCAUCAUUGGGUGAUGACACAAAUGGUCAAAUUUUGAUGAGGUUCAAAAGCUUCUUGUCCAAUGACACUGCUUUAGACAACUGGGGCACAGACUUAAAUUUGUGCAACUGGAAUGGUUUGUUAUGCAAAAACCAGAUAUUUCAUGGGUUGAGACUAGAGAAUAUGGGACUAAGUGGGAAGGUUGACGUAGAAACCUUGUUGGAAUUGUCAAAUUUGUUAAGUUUUAGUGUGAUGAACAAUAGUUUUGAAGGUUCAAUGCCUGAAUUCAAGAAGCUUGUGAAGUUAAGGGCAUUGUUCCUGUCCAAUAACAAAUUCUCUGGUGAAAUUCCGGAUGAUGCUUUUGUGGGCAUGAAUAGUCUUAAAAGGGUAUUCUUGGCCGAAAAUGGGUUCACAGGUCAUAUUCCAAAGUCGCUUGCUGAUUUGUCUGGAGUUUUGGAUUUGGACUUACACGGGAAUAGUUUUGGAGGUAACAUACCAGAAUUUCAACAAAAUGAUUUCAGAGUGUUUAAUUUAUCCAACAACCAAUUGGAGGGUCCAAUACCACAAGGCUUAAGCAACCAGGAUCCUAGCUCAUUUGCUGGCAACAACGGCCUAUGUGGAAAACCUAUGAGCAGCCCUUGCAACAAUAACUUCAAUACCACCAUUUCUGCGCCCAACUCCCAACGCAAGGGAGAGAAGCACCGCAUCCUCAUAACUGCCAUUGUAGUGGUGGCUGUGGUUGCCUUGGCUUCAAUGGUAGCACUUCUCUUUAUCCAUUGGCGCAGGAGGCAAAGCCUUCAACCCAUAAUGGACCAUGAGGUUAAUUUCAACAACAAUGCAGGCUUCAAGGAGUCACAAUCCAUUGAUCUUACAGGUGAUUUCACGAACGAUGAUCAUGAAGUAUUGAACUUUGUUAAGAAAGAUAGAGGGGGGUUUGAUUUGCAAGACAUGCUUAGAGCCUCAGCUGAUGUUCUUGGUAGUGGCAGUUUUGGAUCCACCUUCAAGGCUGUGGUUUUGAAUGGAGCAACUGUAGUUGUGAAGAGAUUUAGGUACAUGAACAGGCUUGGGAAACAUGAGUUCUUUGAGCACAUGCAAAGGCUUGGAAGUUUGACACAUCCUAAUCUACUCCCUCUUGUUGCAUUCUACUACAGAAAAGAAGAGAAAUUCUUGGUUUAUGACUUUGGUGAAAAUGGUAGCUUGGCUGAUCAUCUACAUGGUAGAAAGGGUUCUGUGCUAAACUGGUCAACUCGUUUGAAAAUUAUAAGAGGAGUAGCAAGGGGCUUAGCUUAUCUCUAUGGAGAGUUCCCAGGACAAAACCUACCUCAUGGUCAUCUAAAAUCCUCCAAUGUCAUGUUGGACCAUUCAUUUGAGCCACGUUUGACAGAGUAUGGACUUGUGCCAGUGAUGAACAAGAGCCAUGCUCAGCAGUUCAUGGCAGGUUACAAGGCCCCAGAGAUGAACCAAUUUGACAGACCAAAUGAGAAAACUGAUGUUUGGUGUCUGGGGAUCCUUAUAUUGGAACUGUUGACAGGGAAGUUCCCAGCAAAUUAUCUAAGACAUGGGAGAGGUGUAAAUGCUGAUUUGGCAACUUGGGUGAACUCAGUUAUAAGUGAAGAGUGGACAGGUGAGGUGUUUGAUAAAGAUAUCAUAGGGACAAGGAAUGGUGAGGGUGAGAUGCUGAAGCUGUUGAGGAUUGGUAUGUAUUGCUGUGAAUGGAGUGUUGAGAGUAGGUGGGAUUGGAAGGAAGCAGUGGCAAAGAUUGAGGAACUGAAGGAAAAGGAUAGUGAAGAUGAAUCAUCUUCUUAUGUUAGUGAAGGAGAUUUAUACUCAAGGACUAUGACUGAUGAUGACUUGAUCUCUUUCUCUGUCACUAGAUUUUGGGUUUUGGUGAUGGUUUUGAAGGAUAUGGCUGAGGUGAAAUCAGAGGAGUGUUGUAUGGAGAAUAAACAAUCUACUACUGUUUCCUGUUCCUCUGUUUCUGAAGGCAGUGGCAGUGCAAUUCACAAGUCUCCAGGGAUAUACGUCAUUGGUUUAAUCUCAGGAAUUGGUGAAGUUUGUGAAAGUGUGGUGUCUGGUAGGAAGACAAAAAUGGUGUUGUUGGAGCUUGACAACCUGAGAGGUCACAAGCUGAAGUGCACUUUGUGGGAGCAUUAUGUGGAUGAGAUGCAAUCUUUUUUGGCAAACAACGACACUCCUCAUAACAUCAUAAUAGUUCAACUGGGAAGGAUAAAAUGUUUUAGGGAAAUGACUGAUGUAGCAAUAAUAGUUGAUUGCUAUGCUUUGAGAUUGGCUGCCAGGUGUGCAUCUCUAAAAGCUGAUAUGAGAAAAGCACUUAGGCAGAGAAGAAUCCGAGUUGAUGAGGGAAAGACCUCAAGAAUUCCAUGGGUUAUUGACAUUAAAAAUCUCACCCUUUUUAGGGCUGCUAUAGCAGGAGAGAAAAAUGACAAAGGAGAGGCCAUUGAAGGAUGCAAUGGGCAAGAAUAG